CUGAUGAAUGUACGCACUUCCGAUCGUCAGACAGGCGGCCGCGCUCUUCUGUGUGUGUGUAGAUGGACCCUCACAGUUCUCCGAACCAUUCGUCUUCGUCUGCGGCCUUGCUGCUCUGGUGGUGCUUGGCAGGGGCGGCCUUGGGCUGCUGCUCCUGCUGCUGGGGCGGCUUGAUCGGCACACUCGCUGCCUUGCGGCCGAUGUUGAGUGCCUUCAAUGCACACACACAGACACAGACAGAGAUGACAUGAAAAGAUGCCACCACGUCCAGAGUGUCGCAUUGGUGUCUCCUUACCUUUGGUUUCUGCCGCGGCUCGGCUGGUUUGGUGGCUGGCUUGGCAGGUGGCUUGGCAUCGGGAGUGGGCUCCUUCCGUGCCUGAUACCAUGACACAACAACAGCAAGACGAUCCAUCCAUUCAGCCCCCCCUGUGUGUGUGUGUGUGUGUGUGUGGUAGACUGACUGACCUGCAGGAGUGCUCUGGGUUUGGCGUGGCCUCGACUGGGUGCGGACGAGGCCACUGACUGGGGGCUGAUGUUAGGCUGUUUGGGGUUGGGGUUGGGGGGGUUGGCGGCCGGAGUGGGAGCAGGUGGCUUGCGGUUGCCGUGUGAUCGGUGGCGCUUGAGUUUCUGCGAGAUGACGCUCAUGGCGGCGGGGCUCUCCUCAUCGGCAUCGUCGCCCUUCUGUGCCUCGUCGCGAACACUCGCCCCCCGCACACCUGCAUACAUCCACACGAAAAGACACACAUGGAUGCCUGGCCAGCCAGCCAUCUCUCUCGUGGCUGCUAGCCUACCUGCCCCCUGCUGCUGUUUCUGGAUGAGGGACGCAUUGGACGCGUUGUCCUGGUUGAGCUGCGCCACCCUCUGCUGGUUGGGCCUUCGGUACACCUUGAGAGUCUGGUACACCUUGAGAGUCUCCACGACUUGUGUGGGUCGGUGGUUGACUUGCCGCCAUUCAGGCGGGUCGUCGUCGCCGAAUGGACGGUACCGCAGGUCGUCCACCACCACAAGACAGCUGCCCAGCACCUCCACGCGCUCGCUGGCUGCUAGCGGCCGCUUGUACUGCAUCACAACGGCCUCCUCGUCGAUGGCUCCGUCUCUCAUGAUCCCCUCUCUGACCAUCAUGGCCUGCUGCCUCAUCAUGUCGGCAUCCUCCAACAUUUCGUCGGCCUGCUGCCUCAUCUCGGCUGCUUCCUCCUCAAUCAUCUCGGCCUCAGCCUCGAUCUCCAUGGCCUCGUCCUCCGCCUCUUCUCGCAUCAUCAUGGCCUCCUCGUCCUCCACCUCGCAGCCAUCAUCACACUCCUGGGGCAUCGGCUCGCGUGCAUCGUCGUCAUGCUGAUGCAUGGGAUGGUCAGGUGACACCAUGCCCUCGUGCUGCUGCUGCUGCUGCUGCCUGGCCGGCCCCAAGCGAGACGGCUGGUGCUGCUGGUGCUGCUGGUGGUGGUUGUGGCCGUCAUCGGUGCGAUAGAUGAAGGCGCUAAAGUCGGCAGGGCAGGGCUUCUUGGCGGGUGGGGGCGGGGCGGCCGGGGGGACACGGGGCGUGUCGGCAUGUGGACGCUUCUGCUGCUGCUGCUGCUGCUGGGGCGGCUUGAUCGGCACACUCGCUGCCUUGCGGCCGAUGUUGAACCCGAGCGCCUUCAAUCCACACACACAGACAGAGACAGAGAUGAAAUGAAAAGAUGCCACCACGUCCAGAGUGUCGCAUUGGUGUCUCCUUACCUUUGGUUUCUGCCGCGGCUCGGCUGGUUUGGUGGCUGGCUUGGCAGGUGGCUUUGCAUCGGGAGUGGGCUCCUUCCGUGCCUGAUACCAUGACACAACAACAGCAAGACGAUCCAUCCAUUCAGCCCCCCCUGUGUGUGUGUGUGUGUGUGGUAGACUGACUGACCUGCAGGAGUGCUUUGAGUUUGCCCUUCGCCUGGCCCCCUGCACCAGCAGCAGCAGCACCAGCAGCAGCACCAGCAGCACCAGCAGCAGCACCAGCAGCAGCACCAGCAGCAGCACCAGCUGCUGCUGCAGGUGCGUCGCCGAUGGGGAGGAAGGGCAGCUUGGUCUGCUUCUUGGCUGCCUGGGCGGGGGGCGUCUGUGCGGCGUUGGCAGGGAAGGGUUGGUGCGUGUGUGGGUGUAGGUCUCCAGUGGCGAUGCCGUGUGCGAUGUGGUCGGCCAGCCAGGGACCGAGGAAGUCGAUGUCGUCGAAACCGUGAGAGGGGUUGUCGGGGAUGGGGUGCACGCGAGCCAGGCAUUGCUGAUGGACGCAGUGGAGACGCAGCAGGGUUGGGUGAGAGGUGUGUCCCCCUGGUGAUGGUGUGGUGGUGUGGUGGUUUUGGGAUACGCGCGUACGUGUCUAGGGUCGUAUACGGUUUGGUGUGCGAAGGUCAUCUUGGCCUGCGCGUAGCCGACGUCGUCGUCGUGCGGCACACUCAGACCCUGCAGGCGCAUCGCUUUCAUGAUCCGCACACACACACAGCACGGCACAGGGGGGAUGCGCGGGAUGCGGGCGGAUCGGUCACCUCAACCAGACACUUAUUCCCUCACUCCCUCACUGCCUCACCUUAGCGACGUCUGUCUUGAACUGUCCCGCGAGUUCGGCAGCGUUCUUGAUGCCGACCUUGUCCACGCUGCAGAGGUAGUCGCACCCAGCCAUGAUGCACACCUGCUGAAACAGAUCUGAUCAACGAAUGGGAAGGAACAAUGACACACAGAGAACGUUCCAGCCACCGGCGCGCGUGUGUAUGUGCGUGUGUGUGAGCACCGACCGUGUGAGUAUCUGCCGAGUGUCUUGAAGUCUCUGGCCUGCGGGAUGUCCUUGAGGUCGAUCAGACGGCCGCGGCCGCUCUCAUCGUACUUGUACAGCACCUGAAGGCAUGGCAUUCAUCAAGGAGCCAAACCAACAGAGGCAGGAACACACACACGUUGUGUGUCGGCGUGGGUCCAGGUAGGUACCUUUGGGCAUCCGUAAACGAGCAGGUCAGAGUCCUCAGAGAUCACCAGCGACACCCAUCCUAUCAACUGCACACACACAACCACACACACAUCUCCACCACGGCAGCAGCUCGGCUGUCGCCGUCUGUGUGGCUUCGGUUGGCUCACCGCUAAGAAGGUCAUCUGUGCGCCCGCUUCGUAAGGUGCUACAAUGAACUCGAUAUUCUUGGCACGCAGACGCUACCAACACACCACAACAGGGAGGGGAGGGCACCACUACACGGUGCAAUGCAUCCUCCCCUCCCUCCCCUCCAUCUCACUACCAGCAGCUCAUGGGCUGCUCGGCAGUGAUCGUUACGGCCUGGGCGAAGAACUGCACAACACACACACACCCACACACACACAUACUCAUACACAGCACAACCACGACGCCUCCCGCGGUGUAUAGGUGUGUGGCGAAUGCAUUGGUUGACUGACUGACCUUGUGAGCCUCCUCCAUCUUUUGCAUCUUCAUGAGGCCCUUAGCCUUGUCACGGGCCUCACGACGGGACCUGAACACCGCACACCACACCACCACACACCGACAGACAACCAUCACAACACAGACAGUACAACAAACACACCUCCCUCCCCAGCCCCCUCCCGUCUGAGUGAGUGAGCUCACUGUUCCCGCCGCUGGUUCUCUUCGGCCUUGGCGGGCAGCGAACCACCGUCGAACACGACCACCUGCGCGAACGAGUAUAUAUGAAGCGAUGACAGACAGAUCCGCCGGGUGUGUGUGUGUGUGUGUGUGGGUACCGGUGUGAGGCCGAAUUCUAUGAGUGAGUCGAUUCGCCUGAUGCAGUAGUCGAUGUGUCGGGUGGUCGGCUCCCCCAACACCAACGCCUUGGCACAGCUGUACGCACCCUGCAUCUCACACACACACACACACACACACACACACAUGCCUCCAUCGACUCGAUUAAUCGUCAUCAAUGGUUCUCUCUGUGCAUAUAUCUCACCUUGUGGAGCCAAGACGAAGCCUAUCACAUCACACACACGCCCAGCACACAGAGGCAGAUGCAUCUCCGAAACGUCCUUUAGGUGUGCGUGUGUCGCCUCACAUCGAUGGCAACUCGUUGCCCAUUGAAUGCGGUGAUGUGAACGUCAAACUGCACGCCCUCCAAGGCCUCCAACAGGCCCUGGAUACCCAUCCGGGAUGAAGGAAGCCUCUAGCCUGCAGCAGCGGAGCUCAUGGCCGACGGAGGGGGGAGAUGCGGCCGCCUAUGCACUCGGCAGUCAUCACACGUGAGAUGCGGCGAGAAAAGUCAGAAAAAUUUGAUAUAAGAAGUCGAGAGGAUCGCGCGGCCAGGUUUUCGUUGUGCCAGGUUAACGCAUGUGAAUCCCGUGUCAACAAAGUCUCCUCCACGGACUUCGGACGAAAACAAUCAUCAAAACAACGCGUAAAGAGAAAAUGGCAACAGGCCGGCUGCAUGACGGGCCUCUUCAGGGAGAAAAAACACCGCAUCAGAGCCGCUAGCCACUCACGCGCACGCCCUCAUGUAACUCAUGCAAGUAAGAAGCCACACGAUUCGUGACACAAUCAGACACACACGCACGGAUGC